AAUGCAAAAACUUUUGAAAAAAUUUCCAAGGGCAUGAUGGAGAGAGGCCACAAUAGGGACUCUGAGCAGUGCCGCGUGAAGGUCAAGGAGCUCAGACAAGCCUAUCAAAAAACAAAGGAGGCAAACGGUCGCUCCGGGUCAGAGCCGCGGACAUGCCGCUACUACGCCGAGCUGCAUGCAAUUCUAGGGGGGGCUGCCACCACUACCCCACCUUUGUUCGUGGAUUCUGGGUCGGGGAUAGUCUCGACGCCUGAGGAUUCUGCCGAUGGGGUAGAGGAGGAGGAGGAGGAUGAGCUUGCAGAGAGCACACAGCACUCCAUUCUCCCCAACAGCCAGGAUCUUUUUAUCACCCUGACUGAAGUACCCUCCCAAGCCUCCCAAGCCAGUACCCAAGACUCUGACCCCAUGGAAGGGACCUCAGCAGCUGCAAAUUCCUCAAGCCUCCCUCCUCCAUCCCGAAGGUUAUCACAGAUAAGGCGUCGUAAGAAGAAGACGCGGGAGGACAUGUUUUCUGAAAUUAUGCAAUCCAGCAGGAGUGACAGAGCUCAUCUGAAUGAGUGGAAGGAAACAGUUUCAAAGUAUAGGAAAGAAGUCAGUGAACGUGAGGAGAGGAGGGACCAACGUGAGGAGAGGAGGGACCAACGUGAGGAGAGGAGAGACGAUCGAGAUGAGAGAUGGCGGCAGGAAGACCAGAGGAUGAAGGAUGCAACGCUGGGGCUGCUCCGGCGUCUGGUGGAGGUUCAGGAACGGCUGCUGGAAAACAGACUGCCGCUUCAGCCCCUGUUCCACCCUCCCCCCUCCCCAUGUUUCGUAUCCUCCUCACCCAGACGUGUAAGAACGCGGGGGGGGAGGCUCCGUACACCUUCCCAUUCCACCCCAGUAGACAGCCCAAGCAAAAGGCUGUCAUUUUUUUAACCUUUUCUUUGUGGCUUUCUCCUUCCCAGCAAUCCUCCUCCCAAAUACCACCCGGGUUCCCUCCCUCUUUUUCUAAUCUAUUAAUAAAGAAUAAAUGAUUUUUAAA